CCACCAGGGCACCCAUCUCGCCACCCCCCUCCCCACACAGGGUGACCCUCCGCCGGGCGUCCUCCAGCAAGAGCCGCAAGGAGAAGGGCAGCAACCGCCUGUCCAUGGGCAGCAGGGAGGGGUCGGAGGGCCCCGGCCGCCCCUCGGGGUCCCCCUUCCUGCCCUUCUCCUGGUUCUCGGACAGCGCCAGGGGCUCGGCCUCCCCAGGCUCCGCGUCGCCCGCUGGCUCCCCCCGGCACGAGGGGCUCAGCCCUGCCAAAUCCGCCUCCCAGGACUCGACGUUGAGCGACGACUCCCCGCCGCCCAGCUCCAGCCCGCGCCUGCCCGGCCCCGCCACCACCAAGUGCUCCUACCCCUACCACACGCUGUCGCAGUCCUCGGACGAGUUUCUGGAAGAGCCCCCCGGCGCUGCUGCGGGCUGGACGUGCCGGCAGGUCGGGCAGUGGCUGGAGAGCCUCAACCUGGAGCAGUACGUGGAGGAGUUCUCGGCCCACGGUGUCGAUGGCCCCCGGCUCCUGCACCUCGAUGGUGCCAAGCUCAAGGCGCUGGGGGUGGGCAGCUCUCAGGACCGCGCCGUGCUCAAGAGGAAGCUGAAGGAGCUGAGCCUGGCCGUGGAGAAGGAGCGCAAGGCCCAGGAGAAGGCGGAGAAGCAGCGGGAGAAGCAGAAGAAGAAGGACCAGGAGCAGCGGCGGAGCUAGGAGGGGGCCGGGAGAGCCCCCAUGCCCCCCUCCCCUGCCCACUGCCCUCCGUGGGGGGCGCCUGGCCCCAGACACGCGGCGGUGGCGAAGGGACCGCGGUGCCAGGCUGAGACGGGCACAGAGCAGCACGCGUGUCCCCCCCUCUGCGUGUCCCCCCCCAACCUGCACCCCAUGGGCACAGACUGGGCCCCUCCCCCGGGCCCCUAUUCCGGAUGCAAACAGCACGUUGGACCCCC